UUAUCCUUAAUAGCGCAAAAGUUAUUUUAGAGCUAAGGGUGUGGUUCCCAAAUUCCUGUUGGUGUCUUAAUUUUGUGUAAUUAAUUUCGCACUUGAUUUCACAGAAUACAGAAACAUGUUUUGGCGAUAUUGUUAGCAUUUACCUUAACCGUCUUAAUCCUAUUUAGGUACAGAAAUCAUUAAACCAACGUAAUACUAUUAUUAAUUGAUAUAGGUCUCCGAAACAAAAGAGAGCUACUUGAAUAUUUUUUAUUUUAUUUUCUGCACUAUUCCCGGCUUUUAUCAUCUAUGAGGAACACAUAAGUUUGCUAAGUUCUAUGUUCAGCAUAGCUUCAUAAUUAGUAGAGUUACCUUUAUAUUACCAUUAUUAUGUAAUACAUAAUCAAUUAAAUAACCGCGAUAUGAUGUUUACAUGCUGUAACUGAAAAAAUCAAUCACUUCUCACGGAAUCGAACCUGGUACCCAAGCAUUCAACAGUCAACGACUGAGCCAUCGCAACCUCGUCCAAUCAAGACUAAUUAUGCAGUACACUCACAAGUCUCCUUCAUAAACAUGCGGCAGUGCUCUAUCUACACAGAUGAACAUACAUGAAAUGGAACACCAUAAUUCAGAUUUGAUAAAGGGGUUUGUCAGGUAUAUAUAUAUAGUAGACACACUCUGUAAUUAUUGUAAAAAUAGUGAAUAUCGUUUUUAAUGCUUCUGUGGUCAAAUUAGCGUACGUAAGGACUAAAGAGUUUAUAAACAUCAAUUACUAGAAAGGUAGAAAGCUCCUUUCAUCCCAGAUCCCAGGUGUGUUUCUGAAAGUUCACAUGAUUCAAGCUACACUACUGACUCGUGUACUACUGGAGCAGUGGUCGUGAGUAUGGUGACUCAUUUGUCUCAGCUCCUGCGACACAGUGUUGGAACAGUCCUUCACCAAACACUGGCCAAUUGUUGCCGACAGUCACGUACACUGACUACAUCAGUCCUGUGCUAAUUAUUUAGUUAAGUUGUUAAUAAUCUGCAAAGUUAAAAGUUGUGAAAAAAAAGUAGUGCUGUUUAUUUUAAUUGGUUAUAAAAAUACGCUGGUGCCAACAUAAAAGAUCCACAAAAGUAACAAAAUAUACAAGAAUACGAUACUAAAAUGGAUAAAGCUAAACCUAAACCUGCAGUUUUAGUAGAAACAACAGACUCUGAUGAUAAAUUAAAGAAAGUGAGUGAUCUAGUUUAUUGCCAAUAUCAAACCGUCACAGUGAGGCGAGUCAAAGAAGAGAUACUAACUACAACCUCUAUUAGUAAUGUUGACGAUAUAUUGAAAACGCUGGUUCCGACUAAAAGUUUUCUAUAUCGCAACGAAACACGCAUCAAGAAACAAGAUAAAUCACCAACGUCAUAUGUGCCUAUGGAUGUAGGUAAAAAACCAAGGAGAUUUUUCAGAUUUAGCUACGAAUAUCCAAAUUUUGAUCUUAAGAAAUUUAGAUUUUCAAAACAGGAGAAUUUCAACGAUAGAGGGUAUUAUAGCGUGAAAAAUCCGACUGCAGAAAACAAGAAUAUAAAUGUGAAAGUUUACAGGAAUGUGGAAGCAUCAACGAAAUACAAAUCGUUUUCUAAUACAGAAGAUUUCAAUGAAAUUGUUUUAGAAGAUCAUUUUUAUGAAGACUUGUGUUACAACGAUAUGGGUAACAAAGUAGAUGAAAAAAGAAGGAACUCUUCAAGUCAAAUAAACAAUAUAAGGACAACAGCUAAAGUGAAAAUCCAAGAGAUAUUCAGUUCUUUUAAGCUACCAUUCUUCAAAAAGGAAGAUAAUAGCAAGAAAAGCAGUGAAGAUGGUAAAAUAGAAGAAAUAUCAGAGAAUAACGACAGUAGCAGCAGUAUGUAUGACUCGGUCACACUCAGGCCCAAUGAAAAAAGUGCUUUAGAAAAGCCAAAACCUGUGGUGGAAGAAUAUUUGGAACCAAUACAGCUGCAGAAGGAUUACUGCGACGUGAUCUUCAAAGAGAAAGAUGAAGGGAUCCUCGGCUACAUCAUGAACAUGUUCGAGACGAGGUUCGGCUUGAGAAGAGAAUCGAGCGACCCAAACAUAUCCGAAGACUCAGACGCAGAGAAGCACCCACCCAACAACGUACCCUCAGAAUCAGUACAAAAAUGGAACGACCCCCGCAAGACGAAGACCGGAAGUGGAAAGAGCAGCAUGGCGGACCGGCCACUUCCGGUGCCAGUGGCUAGUGAGCCGUAUUACAUGGAUGUUGACAGGAGUGAGGCGGAGGCCCUGUUGGCUGGUCAGCCGGAUGGCACCUUCAUAUUGAGACCUUCCAGUCAGCCGGAGCACUUGUACACGCUGUCAGUGGCGUGCGGUGGCGUCGUCUACAACGUGGGCGUGCGGCGCCGCCCUGACGGACGCCUGGCGCUCGGCUUCCCGAGGCGCGGGGAGAGGUCCUUCAGCAGCGUGGCCUCACUGCUGCGGGUGCACCGGCGGCGGCGCGCGCUGCUGGCGGCGCCGGGGGGCGUGGUCGCCGCGCGGCUCACGGAGCCCCCUGUCCACUACCAGACCCCGAGCGGCCUGCCUGUGGCUGUGCAAGGGGGGGUUGAGUAGGACUGUAGGGUUAGUUGGGUUACCACGACUGAAUAUUAGCAAUCAACAAUCCUGAAUGCAGAGAAUUGAAAGAGUAAACAGGGGAAAGUUGUCAGUGAGACACCUUAUGUAAUGAGCCAAGUC